CGCGCAUGCGCUAAGACGUCAAGUACGUAACGAGGAUUUACGACGUCAUGACGCUAGACCCUGGCGCGAGAGGGUGCUUGGCAUGAUCGAGCAAAAUAAAUAACGACCCGACUUCAGCCGAGGACCCUGGAGCGAAGGUGAGUUAUUAAUUACCUUUAGAUACCUGUUACAGAGGAGGACAGUCUUUGUGAAGACGAGCUUCGCUGAUCCAGACACAAGUCAACUGCGAGCUCGAGACUAAGCGGGUCAAUCCUGUGAGGCAAAGGUGGAUUUGAGAGUAUCAAUUGCUGAGAUGAUUGAUGACUCACACUGAGGAUCUGCGUCUGCUUUUAGAUGAAACCAUGUCCUUCAGAAUGAAUCUCUCUGAAGAACAGGACACAAAGAUAAAGACACUCAAGAGUCUGUGUGAGAGUGAAUCUCCUGAACCCAGCUGUGUUUCCAUGAAGAGUGACCGGUCAAUGCAUCAUCCAAUUGGAUUCAGCUCAGGAGACUCAUCUGCUGAUCUGAGUCAAAAACAUGAGGGAUCUAUGACAGUAAAGAAGAACUUGGACUCCAUUUUCAAGGAGCUUGAGCAGAAGUUCAUCUCUGUGAUGAAGAGUGAGCUAAAAUGUUUUCAGAGACUGCUGAGUCCAGAUUACCCAGAAUGCUCUGAAAGAGACCAUCAUGAUGAUGUGGAUCCUAACAGAGUCAGAGGGAGGUUUCUGAAGAUCACACUGCACAUCCUGAGGAAGAUGAACCAGACAGACCUCGCUACCACACUACAGACCAAACUGAUGUCUGUGUAUCAACAAAAACUCAAAUCCAGACUACAGGAUAAAUAUCAGAGAAUCAAUGAAGGAAUAUCCAAUUAUGGAGACUCAACAUGUCUGAAUGAAAUCUACACAGAGCUCUACAUCACAGAGGGAGGGAGUGGAGAGGUCAAUAAUGAACAUGAGGUGAGACAGAUUGAGACCAGGAGACCAGAGACACAGGAAACACCAAUCAACUGCAAUGACAUAUUUAAACCAUCACCAGGACAAGAUAAACCCAUCAGAACUGUGCUGACUAAAGGAGUCGCUGGAAUUGGAAAAACUGUCUCUGUGCAGAAGUUUAUUCUGGACUGGGCUGAAGGAAAAGAGAAUCAGGAUGUUCAUUUCAUAUUUCCACUUCCUUUCAGGCAGCUGAAUUUGAUACAGAAAAAUCUCAGCCUUAAGCAACUUCUAAACCACCUUCACCCAGAAACCAAAGAAAUUAAAUCUGCAAAUUAUGAUGACUACAAUGUCAUGUUUAUAUUUGAUGGUCUGGAUGAGUGUCGACUACGUCUAGAUUUCCAAAACAAUCCGAGCUUGUCUGAUGUGACAGAAUCAGCCUCAGUGGAUGUGCUGCUGACCAACCUCAUCAAGGGGAACCUACUUCCUUCUGCUCUCCUCUGGGUCACCUCUCGACCAGCAGCAGCCAAUCAGAUCCCUCCUGAGUGUGUUGACCAGGUCACAGAGGUACGAGGAUUCAAUGACCCUCAGAAGGAAGAAUAUUUCAGGAAGAGAAUAAAUUAUCUGAGUCUGGCUGAUAAAAUCAUCACACACAUCCGAUCAUCAAGAAGUCUGUACAUCAUGUGUCACAUCCCAGUCUUCUGCUGGAUUUCAGCCACUGUUCUGAAGAGGAUGAUGGGUAAAGCAGAGAGUGCAGAGAUUCCUAAGACUCUCACACAAAUGUUCACAAACUUCCUGAUCUUUCAGACCAAAAUAAAGACUCAGAAGUAUGACAGGAAAUAUGAAAUAGAUCCUCAUCAGGCUAGAAAGACUAUUCUGUCUCUAGGAAAACUAGCUUUUGAACAGCUGGAAAAAGGGAACCUGCUUUUCUAUGAAGAGGACCUGAAAGAGUGUGGCAUUGAUGUCAGAGAAGUGUCAGUGUACUCAGGAGUUUGUACCCAGAUCUUCAGAGAGGAGUUUGGACUGCAGUUGGGGAAGGUGUACAGCUUUGUUCAUCUGAGUGUUCAGGAGUUUCUUGCUGCUUUAUUCAAGCUGCUAACCUUUUCUGAAGAAAACACAGGACUGUGGAAUCAGUUCAGGUCACCGAUGACCAGUUUUCUGAAGGGAGAAGUGGACAAGGCCUUACAGAGUAAAAACGGACACUGGGAUCUUUUCCUCCGGUUCCUUCUAGGUCUCUCACUAGAGUCUAAUCAGACUCUCUUACAAGGUCUCCUGAGAAAGACUGUAAGCAGCUCUCAGAGCAAUCAGGAAACAGCUGCAUACAUUAAAGAGAAGAUCAGGGAGAAUCGCUCUCCAGAGGAAUCCAUCAACCUGUUCCACUGUCUGAAUGAACUGAAUGAUCGUUCACUAGAGCAGGAAGUCCAAACAUACCUGAGCAGAACAGUUGUCAGUCGUCUCUAUGGAGUCAAACUGUCUGCUGCUCAGUGGUCGGCUCUGGUGUUUGUACUGUUGAACUCAGAAGAAGAGCUGGAUGAGUUUAAACUGAGUAAAUAUGAUCCAUCAGAAAAAUGUCUCCUGAGGCUGAUGCCAGUGAUCAAAGCAUCUAGAAGAGCUAAUCUUUCCAGCUGUGGUAUUACACAGAAAGGAUGUGCUGCUCUGAUUUCAGCUCUGAGAUCAAACCCCUCACACCUGACAGAACUGAAUCUGAGCUAUAACAAACCAGGAGAUUCAGGAGUGAAGCUACUAUCUACUCUACUGAAGGAUCCACACUGUAAACUGGAGAAACUACAGCUGAGUUACUGCAGUAUUGGAGAGAAAGACUGUUCUGCUCUGAUAUCAGGUCUGAGAUCAAACCCCUCACACCUGAGAGAACUGAAUCUGAGCUGUAAUAAACUGGGAAAUUCAGGAGUGAAGCCACUCUCUGCUCUACUGGAGGAUCCACACUGUAAACUGCAGAAACUACAGCUGUGGGACUGCAGUAUUGAAGAGGAAGGCUGUGCUGCUCUGAUUUCAGCUCUGACAUCAAACCCCUCACACUUGAGAGAACUAAAUCUGAGCUGUAAUAAACCAGGAGACUCAGGAGUGAAGCUGCUCUCAGCUCUACAGGAGGAUCCACGCUGUAAACUUCAGAAACUACAGUGAGUCUCAUCAAAUCUCCAUAACUACAAGGUUUAGAGUAAAAACUAUUGUUACACAAAUGUGUUUUCUGUAGCGGUGAUUCUGUUUGUCUCCUUUCUUAUCCUCAAAACAAAACAAACA